UUGUAAAUGUUGCUACUUCUGUUACAUCAUGAUGAGUUACUUACGCCCACUCUUCGCAUCAGGUAAAAGAUGUCCUGUAAAGGAAGAUAGGAGUAGGAAAAAAUAUUGGACGAUUAGUAAGAGUUUUCAAGAAGUAAAUUUGAAUAAAGUAACAAUAAAAUCAUAAUAAAAAAUCGUAUGUAGGUAUAAAGUCUGCUUCUAUUCUUCGGGAAAGAUUGAAUAGGUUUAAGUUUGCUUGUUUCAGGGCAGCAAGUAUCUAAUUGUCUUAUUCCUUUCGAAAUCCUCAAAACGAUGGCCAUGACCGAUAUAUAAAAAGAAGGUGAAGAAAAUGCGUCUAUUUCAAACUUCACCAAUUCUCUUUAGAAAGUUAUUUCAAACUUCAAUUUCCAAAUUUUAAUAAAGAAUUACAAAAAUAUUCACUUUGUAAAGAUCUUUCAAAUGCCAAACUGGUUGGGUAACUGAUAGGAAAAUUAGUCAAUUAACAAAAUUAAUUAGGAAUAGUUUAAUUUAGACAGUUAGAGGGCUACUUAAAUAUAUCAGGCGCGAUCAUAGUCCAGCGAACUUUAAUGCUUAGUAAAAAAUAAACAAAUAUUGCCACUCGUACACAACUACUGAAACUCUGCUUAUCGACAAAUCUGUACAGUAAUUUUAUAUUUUUGUCCUUAAACUUCAUGCUCGUGGAAUAAGGACGAGAGAAAGCCUUAACCUUGUUACUUAGUUAAACUUAACAAGUAUAAUUACGCUUUAAAACGGAGGAUUUUAUUUACUUUAGUAAACCUAUAUUAUUAUAUAUGUGUAUACUGUAUACCGUUCAAAAUUUAAUUCCAAUCUAAAUCGAGUAUGAGUACAAUUUAAAAUUAAUUAACCAAUCAUAACAUCUAACUGAACUGAUUUAAAAACGGGUUUUCCCUCCAAGGAAGCGAGUGGGGGAUUUUUACGAACAAUUUACACACAAUGCAGUGACACGAGGUAACAUUUCGAAUCGUUUACGCGGCUGUUACAGACGCUCAAAGUUUCUAGUCAAAAAAACGUUCGUAUUUAAAUAAGAAGUGAACCGAGUAUAUACGAGAAUAUGAAUAUGUACUGGACUUUGUUUUUGGUGAUUGAGAUGGCCAUAAAUGCAGCGUCGCUAUGGGUUAGCCCACAGAGUGAUUAUUAUGAUAGUGACCGACCACUUGGAUUGUAUCAUUUUGGGUCUAAAGGAACCCAUAAAUUCCAUCCCCCACACCAUGACUUCCAUAACCCGCAUCGGGGACAUUGCGGUUGGGGAGAAAACGGCUCCAAGGACAAGGAUGGGCGUCAAACUAAAACUCCAAGACCACCGACUAAAUCAACCACAACAUCCACAUCUACAUCCGUCACUGAGAAAUCUACAACUCCAUCAACGUUAAUGACAACACUUUCGAGCACAGAGAUGCCAAGUUUUGACAUUUGCAUGAAGAGAUGUCCUAAAACAUCGCUAUACUCACCCGUAUGUGGGACCAAUGACGUGACUUACAAAAAUGCUGGCACAUUGAUUUGUGCAAAAUCGUGUGGACUUGAUGUGGAUUUCAAAGCACUUAAUAAGUGUGGGGAAUUAGUUAUUGAAACGACCGUUACCAUGACUCCACCCACUGUGCCCACAUCACCGCCUGUAACACCGAAUUUACGAACGUGCAUUCGUAACUGUCCUGUCACCUCGGAGUACAAUCCUGUGUGUGGCAGCGACGGUGUGACAUACGACAAUCCUGGUCGAUUCGAAUGCGCAAGGAUGUGUGGAGUUGAUGUUUCAAUUAUAAGGGCAUCCAGAUGUCCUACGGAUGGUGGGACCAGUUCUACCACUACUACUGCAGUUCCACCCGUGACACCUUCCAUGGAGGUGAUUCGACUGUGCUUGCUCGGAUGCCCUGCCACUUCCGAGUACAAUCCCGUAUGUGGUACUAACGGUGUGACGUAUGACAAUCCUGGUCGCUUCGAAUGCGCCAAGAUGUGUGGUCUCGACAUACAAGUUUCAAGAAGAAGCCGCUGUGAAGUCGGGGGGGAUAUAACUACAAAAAGUCCUACUACCAUAACCCCUCCUGUUACUCCUUCGGUUACCCCUUCGGUUACCCCUCCCUUUACCCCUUGGGUGACCCCUUCCGUUACCCCACCCUCGUCGACCCCCACUGGCCUGGACUUCACAAUCCCACAAGAUAUUUUGGAUCAAAUUUUCACUACCACCUACGGUCAUCUCAUCGAUGAGAGAUAUGACGAUCGACGGACUCUAUAAACAAUUGAAUAAAAAAGCUAUUGAUUAUAAUUUGUAAAUUCUUUAGUACGUACUUAAUAAAUUAUAUGAGAUUAUUAUAGACUGGCAACGUCGAUAGUUUUUGGACACUUUUGCACAUGGAUCUCGGAUGCUUUUACAGAUGACUGAAUGCCGACGACUGAUUUUGAAUAAA